AUCACAGGGCCGCCUGGUACAGGGAAGACGAGGACCAUCUCCGCUGCCACCAAAUUUUGGGAUGGUCAGCGUCUGAGACAUCCUGUAUGGGUCGUUGCACAGUCCAAUGUCGGCGUCAAGAACAUUGCACUGAGCUUUGCGAAAUGCGACAUCGACUUCAAGGUCCUCGUCUCCAAGGAAUUCUAUGUCGAGUGGCAUGAACACAUCUACGAGCCUCUUGAACGGUACCUGAUUCGCUCCGAUGACCUGUUCCAACACGGGGCCAUGGUCGGACGUCUGCUCCUAGACUCAAGUGUCAUCUUGUGCACGUUGAGUAUGUUGUCGAACCCCGCGUUGGAC